GUUGCGUAACUGUACUGUAAUGCUAGCUGUCAUAUGGCAUUUACUGUAUUGUCGUUAGUUUGCAGUGAUUUUGCUGCACAGAAGAGAAGAAUAGCGAGUCAGUAAUCGGUUUAUAAUCAGCUGUAUAAACAAUAUAGGGAUUUGUAGGAUGAUGGACUCCUUAAGGUCGUUUGUUUCCCACUAUCCUAAAACUAUCACUCUGGUCGCAGCAACAGGAGUAGGACUUAUUGGUGUGAAAAGAUGGGUGGCAGGUGGAGUGUGUCACAGCAAAGCGCGACUGGAUGGAAAGACUGUCCUGAUUACUGGAGGCAACACCGGGAUCGGCAAAGAAACAGCCGUUGACUUAGCGAAAAGGGGUGCAAGGGUCAUUCUGGCCUGUAGGGACAUGGACAGAGCAAAUAAAGCCGCAGAAGAAGUGAGAAAGAAAAGUCAAAAUGACAACGUGAUUGUCAAAAAGUUGGACUUGGCUUCUCUACAGUCAGUACGACAACUCGCCAAAGAGAUCCUAGCAAGUGAAGAGAGGCUGGAUGUCCUCAUCAAUAAUGCAGGUGUUAUGAGCUGUCCAAAAUGGCAGACAGAAGAUGGCUUUGAGAUGCAGUUUAGUGUGAACCACCUGGGUCACUUCCUCUUGACAAACUGUCUGCUGGAUCUCCUGAAGAAGUCGUCUCCGAGCCGCAUCGUCAAUGUUGCCAGUUUAGCUCAUGAAAGAGGUCAAAUCUAUUUUGAUGACAUAAAUCAGGACAAAGAUUACCGUCCUUGGAAAAGCUAUUCGCAAAGUAAGCUAGCUAAUGUCCUCUUUACAAGAGAGCUGGCCAACAGGGUACAAGGAACCGGGGUGACAACAUACAGCCUCCACCCUGGAGUAAUCCGGACUGAACUUGGCCGACAUUUUUGGCCCGAGAUGCCUCUAUGGAAGAGAGUUAUAUACACACCACUCUUGUUCUUCAUCAAGUCUCCAACAGAAGGGGCUCAAACCACGAUCUACUGUGCUGUGGAGGAAAGCCUGCAGGAAGAGAGCGGACUCUAUUACAGCGACUGCGCCCCUAAAACAGCCGCCCCUCAGGGCCGGGACGAUGAAGCUGCCAAGAAGCUGUGGCAUCUGAGUGCCUCUAUGGUUGGUCUGACAUAAUCACAGUGACAUUGACGACGACGACAACAAUGAUGAUAAUUAUGAUCACAGCUCCAAUGGACUGCCAAGUGGCCUGAGGAAGGAGUGAUGCCAUCUCUAAUGAACAUCUGUGUGGUUACUAUCAGCUGAUCUCUUGCUUAAUGCGAUGAAUAAGUAAACAAACAGAAAUCACAAGUGAUAGACAUUUAUUCUGAAUAUACAACAAACUACUUGCAAAAAUACUAUGGACUAUGUUUUUUUUUCUUAGACAGAAGCAAUGCUUCACAGGUAAGUUACAUGGAAGCUGAAUGAUCUGUAGUUUUGAUUGCUAUUAGCGUGAAAUGACAUUUAUUUGACAAGUAUCACCAAUGUUUGGACUAAGGGCUGUAAUGUCCUUCAAUAUUACUUUAAUUAAUCAGAUAUUACAUGUGCUUUGAAAGGUUGGUAACACUGUUAAUAGCAACAUAACUCAUUUUUUUCUCCUCCUGGCCAAUAAAGUGCUGUCAAACAAAUCCCAACA